GCAGCCGUUCGGGAACCGGAGUUUAUCAAAAAUAUCCCAUGACAUUGAGCGUUUCCACCGCCAUCCACGACUUGCUGCCGCAAGAAAACAUUGGUUGGAGACCGAGAUAUAAAAGCUCCCAAGUAGCCGCCGAUUAGGGGUUUAUCGGUGGUUUUACCACUCUAUCCAUUCGCUUCUCUACCGCUCCAAUCCAAAGCCAGCUCUCUCCCUCGUUCCGAAACUCUGGCUUUCUCCGUUUCCUCUCUCCCAAUCCCCUUAUGGCAAACCGACGAGCUCUGGAGAAGAAGAGGACGAGGGAAACCAUCCAAGAAUCCCCUGGCUAAUUCCCCUUUUCCCUUCCAUUCGACCUCUCCUCGCCCACUUUCCGGAUGGGUGUCCUUCAGCUCGUUCCAUUCUUCCUCCUUCCCUCUUGGCCCGGAACGGCCGGAGUCGGAGGACUCGUUUCCGGUGGCUUUCUCUCAAUUGGGAACCCCCCAAUCCUCACUUUUGCUAGAACCUGCCAUCGAUGAUGAUAUUGUGGAGUACGUCGAUGAGCCGAUGAAGUUUCCCUGGCUCGGGUACGGGUUCUCUCCUGAUUUCCCUAGAAAAAGCUUAAAGAUGGAUUUUUGCGAAGAUCCGGACUGGUUUUCCCCCAUUUUGUCCACUGAGUUCGAUGCUCCGGCGAAGAUCGCGACAUCGGAUUCUUGUCGAGAAGAAAGAAAGACGUAUAAUGCUUUAAGGAGAAGGCAGAUUAAGGCGGAGACGGAGGCGUGGGAGAGGGCGGCGGCGGAGUACAAAGAACUGGAGAGGGUGAUGCUUGAGAAGAAGCUGGCCCCAUGCUUGCCUUAUGUGAAGUCACUCUUUUUGGGCUGGUUCGAGCCACUGAGAGAUGCCAUUGAGAAGGAGCAAAUGCUACAGAAGACAAAGAGGCAGAAGGCGGCAUAUGCUCUGCAUAUUGGGCUUUUGCCGGCCGAUAAAAUGGCGGUCAUCGUGAUGCAUAAGAUGAUGGGGCUGCUGAUGACAGGCCAAGAGGAGGGGUGUGUGCGGGUUGUUCAAGCUGCAAUUCAUAUUGGGGAGGCUAUAGAACAUGAGUUUAAAAUCCAUACUUAUCUUGAGAAGACUAAGAGACCGGGAAGGAGAAAAAAUCAAGAAGAAAAAGAUGUGAUCUUAAACCAAGGGCAGGGGAAUCUUCGGAAAAAAGUGACGAAAUUAAUUAAAAUGAAGAAGCUGAUUGAGGUGCAGAAGCUAGUGAAGAAUGAGAUUGAGCUGGAUUCUUGGGGUCGAGAUGCCCAAGCUAAGUUGGGAAGUCGUUUGAUAGAAUUAUUGAUAGAAUCAGCAUUUGUACAAUCACCACCUAAGCAGUUAAUAGAUAGUUUGCCUGAUAUUCGACCUGCUUUUAGACACUCCUUCAAAGCUGUUGCUAAGGAAGAUGGGAAAUUGAGAAAUAAAUAUGGAGUGAUAGAAUGUGAUCCGUUAGUCCAAAAGGGGCUCGACAGCACAGCGAGGCAUGUGGUGAUCCCUUACCUGCCAAUGUUGAUACCACCAAAAAAUUGGAAAGGGUAUGACAAAGGUGGACAUCUGUUCUUACCCUCCUAUGUUAUGCGCACACAUGGAGCAAAGGAUCAGCAAGAUGCAAUUAAAAGUGUUCCAAGAAAACAGCUGCAGAAAGUAUUCAAGGCACUGGAUAUCCUUGGAAGCACCAAAUGGAGAGUAAAUAGACCAAUACUUGAUGUCGUAGAGGGUAUCUGGAGUAAAGGAGGAGGUAUUGCAGGUCUGGUUGACCGUGUAGAUAUUCCUGUACCAGAAAGAUCUGACUCGGAGGAUUCUGUUGAGAUUAGAAAAUGGAGAUGGAGGGUAAGGAAAGUGAAAAAGGCUAAUAAUGAGAUGCAUGCUCAGCGAUGUGAUACGGAACUUAAACUUUCGGUAGCCCGUAAAAUGAGGGAUGAGGAAGGAUUUUAUUAUCCUCAUAAUCUAGAUUUCCGUGGCCGGGCCUACCCUAUGCAUUCACACUUAAAUCAUUUAAGCUCUGAUCUUUGUCGAGGAAUUCUGGAGUUUGCUGAAGGAAGGCCACUGGGGAAGUCUGGCUUACGGUGGCUGAAAAUACAUUUGGCAAACUUAUAUGGUGGAGGUGUUGGAAAGCUUUCGUAUGAUGGGAGGUUGGCAUUUGUUGAGAAUCAUUUACAUGAUAUAUUUGAUUCAGCAGCGAAUCCCAUUGAAGGGGACCGCUGGUGGUUAAAUGCUGAAGAUCCUUUCCAGUGCUUAGCUGCAUGUAUUAAUCUAUCUGAUGCCUUAAAAAGCUCAUCACCAACUGAGGCCAUCUCCCACAUACCCAUUCAUCAGGAUGGUUCGUGCAAUGGUUUGCAGCAUUAUGCUGCUCUAGGAAGAGAUAGUCUGGAGGCAGCUGCUGUCAACUUAGUUGCUGGAGAGAAACCUGGGGACGUCUAUUCAGGAAUAGCUGCUAGGGUUAUGGAUAUUAUGAGAAAGGACUCUGCAAGAGAUCCUACUACUAAUCCAACAGCAUUGUUGGCCAAGGCCUUAGUUGAUCAGGUGGAUAGGAAGCUAGUAAAGCAGACUGUGAUGACAUCAGUCUAUGGUGUUACAUUUGUUGGUGCUCGUGAACAGAUCAAAAGGAGACUGGAAGAGAAGGGACUAAUUACGGAUGACAGGUUGCUUUUUACUGCAUCAUGCUAUGCUGCUAAGGUAACAUUAGAUGCUUUGGGAGAGAUGUUCCAAGCUGCACGUAGUAUUAUGAAAUGGCUUGCCGAUUGUGCAAAGGUGAUUGCUUCUGAGGAUCAGCCUGUGAGAUGGACGACUCCUCUUGGCCUCCCAGUUGUUCAGCCUUAUAAAAAUUGUGAAAGGCAUCUUAUAAGAACUUCCCUUCAGGUCUUGGCAUUGCAACGGGAGGGUCACUCAGUUUCAGUUAAGCGGCAGAAGUCGGCUUUUCCUCCAAAUUUUGUACACUCUCUUGAUGGUUCACAUAUGAUGAUGACUGCCAUUUCCUGCAAGAAUGCUGGUUUACACUUUGCAGGGGUGCAUGACUCAUUCUGGACGCAUGCUUGUGAUGUAGACAGGAUGAAUCAAAUCCUAAGAGAACAAUUUGUGGAACUUUACAACAUUCCAAUUCUUGAGAAUUUGCUUGAGGACUUCCAGACGUCCUUCCCGACUUUAAGUUUUCCUCCUUUGCCAGAUCGGGGCAACUUUGACCUUAAGAAAGUUCUCGGAUCUCCUUAUUUCUUCAACUGAUUUUUCAUUUGUAAACUGAGGUUCUGCAUCCACUUGCUCCGAGCUCCUUUUGGGAUGAAAUAAUGCCUUUAACGUCUUUGUUCGUGAGAAACAUGCAUUACAGAUAUGGGGCAUUCAAGACCCACAUUUUUGCAUACACAGAAGUCGACAUGCUGAGCACAAACCAGCGUUGAAUCAGGGACACCCUUUUCAGAACAACAUACUGCUAACAUGGUAAUUCUGUGUAGCAUAGGUUCUGUAAAGAUUUUUGGUGACUUGGAAAAACAUUGACAUUGAGUCAUUUGUGGAUGACCAUUAUUCUUGAAGAAAUGAGGAAUGUAGCUGUUGAAUGUCGACAGCGGUCAUCAUCAGAGAAUGAACCACUGUACGAUUCUGCUAGGCAGCAAGCAGUUUUUUAGAAUGGGUUGGAUCUGUAUAGUAAAAUAUUCAGUCUGUAUUGGAAGAGAAUCUAGUGAGAUGAUAGAAAUGAGAGUUACAGUGCCAAUACAUAAUGUUGGGUCAUUUAUUCAGGUACAUUUAAUUUCAUCAUUCAAUGUGCAAAAACUAUUUGAAAUAAUAAUUACAUUUUUACUGUAA